CUUAACAAGUUCGGCUCUAUGAUUCGGACAGUUGGUGCGCCGUGACCAUCUCGUAUCAUCGUCCACCUCGUCGUAAUCAACCGUAAAUAUGGCGGAUAAGGAAAAGAAGAAGAAGACCAAGAAGAAGGAGGAAGCAGCUCCGGCGCCUGAGCCCGAGCCAGCGCCAGAAGAGAAAGCACCAACUCCUACAAGUACACCAAAGGAUUCUGGUUCCACUAGAGCAAGUAGUCGUGGCAGCCGCAAGGCUAAGCGAAGCGGGUCCAGUGUCUUCUCUAUGUUCUCUCAGAAACAGGUGGCUGAGUUCAAGGAGGCAUUCCAACUAAUGGACGCAGAUAAAGACGGUAUCAUCGGUAAAAAUGAUCUUCGCGCGGCCUUCGACUCUGUCGGCCGACUUGCGACCGAUAAAGAAAUCGACGAAAUGCUCAACGAGGCUUCGGCACCCAUCAACUUUACUCAAUUGUUGAAUUUGUUCGCUGUUCGUAUGUCGGGAUCAGGUGCUGACGACGACGAUGUUGUGAUCAAUGCUUUCAAGACAUUUGAUGAAGACGGCAAAAUCGACGGUGAAAGAUUGAGGCAUGCUUUACUGUCAUGGGGCGACAGAUUUACACCCAAAGAAGUGGAUGACGCGUUUGAUCAGAUGUACAUCGACGACAAAGGUUUCAUCGACACUGCGAGCUUAAUUGCCAUGCUGACCGGCACGGCCGAAGAAGAAGAGGAAGGAUAAAAUCACCUGGAGUUAAAUACCAAAGAAGAAAAUUCAUUUUUCUCGAUUGCGAAGCCUCGCGUGUUAACGUCAGAGUCGCACAAUGUUGCCUUUCAAAAAAAGAUCAAAUACUUUAUACUUGUUUCCUGUUUAAUUACUGAUUAAUGACAAAAGUAUAACAAAAACAAAGCACCAGCCGAAUUAUUCGAUUUGAAUGGAUCGAAGAUAGUAUUUUCCUCUU